AUGGAUCAAGCGGCGCUCAAGGCUCAAGGCCUCAAGGAGCAUUACUGCAACAAGCUGAAGCUGCUAAACUGCAAGCAACACACCUCUCUGGGUCUUCAGAUGCAGAAUUCAGCUCACAAUGCAUCUCCAGCUCUACAGCCGAAACAAGAAAGCGUGUCUCCAGCACCUGAGAAGUCAAAAUAUAAGGGCAAGGAGAAAGAGAAACCUGCACUGAGAAAGAAAGGGAAAGGAAAGAAUGCACGUCCUUCUGGUAUUUCAGACACAGAGACAAGCCAGUUAGACAAUAAACUGAAGGAAGAGGCUGAGAUCAUUGAACAGAAAGACACAAAGGGGAAAGCGUCUUGGGACAAGGAGAAUGAGAAGAAACUUGCUGAAUACAUCUGUGCACCAGAAAGAUGGUCAAAAGCCCAGACCUCCAUUAAGAAGUAUUGCCAAGAGCUCUUAGGCUCGUUUAAUUCGUAUGGUUCAUACAAAGGCUUACCUGUUAUUAGGGCGGAUGGAUGUCCAGACAUCGAGAGGCCCAUUGAAUUCAGUUCUGGACAUAGCUUUGAGGAUAUUGAGGCAGAUGUUGAGGAGGACGAGAAGAAACACAAGAAAUCUGAUCCUGCUGCCACAUUCUCCAAAGUUGUCAGUGAGGCCCUGAAACUUGCACAAGAACGACAAGAAAAAAUGACAGAGCUCGAAUCUGAGCAAUUUGUGUACCAGAAACGAAAGGAUGAGAGGGAUGAAGAGUACCAGAGGAAAAGAAUGCAGUCUGAAGAUCGAGCUGCAGAAAUACGGAUGCUAUGCGAUUUGGAAGACCUGCACAACUCGAAAUUAGAUGGAUACUGUGCACUGCAUGAUUCAGAGGAUCCAGUAGAGAAGGAACUUGCUGUAGACCUUCAAGAUGAGCUUCGAGAGAUAGCACAAAGGAUCAGGGAACUUCGACAGGGUGGAAAUUAG